CGCCCGGUGAAUGUGCGGUGGGGGGGAUGAAGGUGGAGGAGAUUCACUCUCCAUUGGCUGACACUAUUUGACAGGCCCCUCCCCCUCCUCCUGGGGGCCGCCUGCUCUGUGAAUGUGAGAAAAUAGGUUUAAAGUGGAGAAGGAUUUGGUGGUGAUCGUCCGAGCCGAGCGAUCGUUUCCAAUGGCACACGCUGCGUCCGCUGCCUGCAUACUGUGUAUUGGCUUCUCUGUGGUGUCCUGUGUGCCCGGCAACCAAGUCAAUCUAUUGGAUACAUCUACAAUUCCUGGAGACUGGGGGUGGCUGACGUACCCGCCGCAUGGGUGGGAUUCCAUCAAUGAGAUGGACGAGUUCUUCUCGCCCAUACACACCUACCAAGUGUGCAAUGUGAUGACCCCCAAUCAGAACAACUGGCUGCGAACCAACUGGGUGCAGAGGGACGGCGCCCGCCGAGCCUACGCCGAGAUCAAGUUCACCCUGCGAGAUUGUAACAGCAUGCCUGGGGUGCUGGGCACGUGUAAGGAGACCUUCAACCUCUACUACAUGGAGAGUGACCGGGACCUCGGCACCCGGGAGAGCCAAUUCAUGAAGAUCGACACCAUUGCCGCCGACGAGAGCUUCACCAGCGUGGAUCUGGGGGUGCGGAGGCUGAAGCUCAAUACCGAGGUGCGGGAGGUGGGGCCUCUGAGUAGGCGGGGCUUUUAUUUGGCCUUCCAGGACAUUGGGGCGUGUAUCGCCAUCGUGUCGGUGAGAGUUUAUUAUAAGAAGUGCCCCUCCAUGGUCAGGAACCUCGCCGCCUUUUCUGAGGCCGUCACCGGUGCCGAUUCCUCUUCCCUGGUGGAGGUGCGUGGAGAAUGUGUGGGCCAUUCCGAGGAAAGAGACACCCCAAAAAUGUACUGCAGUGCUGAGGGCGAGUGGCUGGUUCCCAUCGGGAAGUGCGUGUGUAGCGCCGGAUUCGAGGAACGCAGCGAUUCCUGUGUGGCCUGUGACCUCGGCUACUACAAGGCCUCCCCGGGAGACCAACUGUGCUCCAGGUGUCCGCCCUUCAGUCACUCUGACACAUUGGCUUCCCAGAUCUGUGACUGUGACCCCAACUAUUACCGGGCAAUGAGUGACUCUCCCAUCCUUGCCUGUACACGUCCUCCCUCUGCUCCAGUCAAUUUAAUCUCAAGUGUAAAUGGCACAACGGUAACCCUGGAGUGGAACCCACCACGGGAUACAGGUGGGCGCAGGGAUGUCACCUACAAUGUAAUUUGCCGCCGCUGUGCUUGGGAUGCCGGACAGUGUGAGCCGUGCGGUGGAGGAGUCCGCUAUACCCCUCAACAGAUGAGUCUAGCUAAGACCUCCCUUAUUGUAGCCAAUCUCCAGGCCCACAUGAACUAUACCUUCUGGGUGGAGGCCGUCAAUGGUGUGUCUGACUUCAGCUUGGAGCAACGGAUGUUCUCCACUGUGAAUAUAACUACAAGUCUGUCAGCCCCUUCUCAGGUAGUCGCUAUUCGUAAAGAAAAUACUUCGCAGACCAUUACGCUUGUAUGGCAGGAGCCUGACCAGCCCAAUGGAAUUAUCCUGGAAUAUGAGAUCAAAUACUUUGAAAAGGACAAGGAGAUGCAGAGUUAUUCCACCCUGAAGGCCAAGGAAACCAAGGCUGUAGUGACCAGCCUCAAACCAUCCACCCGCUAUGUCUUCCAGGUCAGGGCCCGAACCUCAGCCGGCUGUGGCAAGUUUAGCCAAACUGUAGAGAUUCAGACGAGUAAAGCAACGGCCCUGCGAUACGACACGAUGACCAUUGUCUGGAUCUGUCUGACGCUAAUAACGGGGCUGGUUAUUCUCCUGACUUUUCUAAUCUGCAAAAAGCGGCAUUGUGGGUACAGCAAGGCCUUCCAGGACUCUGAUGAGGAGAAGAUGCACUAUCAGAAUGGACAGUUAACCUUUACUGAACCCAAACUCUAUGUGGACCCCCACACCUAUGAGGACCCCUGUCAGGCUGUCCGUGAGUUUGCUCGGGAGAUCGAGGCCUCCAGAAUUAAAAUUGAGAAGAUAAUUGGUUCUGGGGAGUUUGGAGAGGUCUGUUACGGUCGUCUGAAACUUCCCGGAAAACGGGAAAUCCCAGUGGCCAUCAAGACAUUAAAAGUUGGUUACAGUGAGAAGCAGCGAAGAGACUUCCUGAGUGAAGCCAGCAUCAUGGCUCAGUUUGAUCACCCCAAUGUCAUUCAUCUUGAAGGUGUAGUGACCCGAAGUAAGUUAACAAUGAUUGUGACAGAGUAUAUGGAAAAUGGCUCCCUGGAUACAUUUCUCAGGAGCCGGGAUGGUCAGUUCACUAUAAUUCAGCUGGUUGGCGUGUUGAGGGGAAUUUCUUCAGGCAUGAAAUAUCUUUCUGAUUUGGGAUUUGUCCAUCGGGAUCUGGCCGCUCGCAACAUACUGGUAAACAGCAACCUGGUAUGUAAAGUCUCUGACUUUGGCCUCUCUCGGAUUUUGGAGGAUGACCCUGAAGCUGCCUACACCACCACAGGCGGUAAAAUUCCCAUCCGCUGGACGGCCCCAGAAGCCAUCACCUACCGUAAAUUCUCCUCUGCCAGCGAUGUGUGGAGUUACGGAAUUGUCACGUGGGAGGUCCUAGCGUAUGGCGAGAGACCGUAUUGGAACAUGACCAACCGAGAUGUAAUAAAUUCGGUUGAGGAAGGUUACCGGCUUCCUGCGCCUAUGGGUUGUCCCACAGCAUUACAUCAACUCAUGCUGGACUGUUGGCAAAGAGACCGCAAUGAGCGUCCGCGAUUUUCCCUGAUCGUCAGCAUUUUGGACAAACUCAUCCGCAACCCGGAGCACUUGAAACUGAGCGCUACCGUCAACCGAUUCACCCACCCGCGGCUGGACCGGGGACUCUUCGAUUUUGCCAGUUGUGCCACGGUGAAUGACUGGCUGGACUCCAUUAAGAUGGGCCAGUACAAGCAGAAUUUCGUGAUGGGCGGUUACCGCACCCUGGGGAUGGUCAUGCGGAUGAAUAUAGAGGACAUUCGGAGACUUGGCAUCACUCUGAUAGGACACCAGAAGAAGAUCCUCACCAGUAUCCAGAUAAUGAGGGCUCAGCUCAUCAACACAUUAGGACCCAGAAUGCACUUGUGAUGAAGACUCUGAAUGAGCCCGAUACCUGAAUGUGCAAAGAGGACCUGUUUCCUCUCCGGAGAUCAUGUGACUGAGAGGUCACCAGACCAACCAUCGGCCUUCCUCUCUUAUCUCAUUGCAGCCAUCGUGUUCCGGGUCCCGUGUGAUGUGUUUACAUAGAGACCUCUUUGUGCCGCGGUCUCGAUAUAGCAAUAGUAUAUCUCGGAAAUACAGGGUGCUUUAUGUAUACAGGGUGGGGCCACGCCUCGCGGGCCUGUGUGCCGGAAAAUGCAUUCCACUAGGUGUGCCAACCUAUAGAAUCUCACAUGGAUUCCAGUGCCAGCCAAUGAAAUAUGACAUGGACUUCAGUGAGCCCUCCCCCGCUGGGUGUGCCAGCCAAUGAAAUAUGACAUGGACUUCAGUGAGCCCUCCCCCGCUGGGUGUGCCAGCCAAUGAAAUAUGACAUGGACUUCAGUGAGCCCUCCCCCGCUGGGUGUGCCAGCCAAUGAAAUAUGACAUGGACUUCAGUGAGCCCUCCCCCGCUAGGUGUGCCAGCCAAUGAAAUAUGACAUGGACUUCAGUGAGCCCUCCCCCGCUGGGUGUGCCAGCCAAUGAAAUAUGACAUGGACUUCAGUGAGCCCUCCCCCGCUGGGUGUGCCAGCCAAUGAAAUAUGACAUGGACUUCAGUGAGCCCUCCCCCGCUGGGUGUGCCAGCCAAUGAAAUAUGACAUGGACUUCUCGGAAGACCCUGAUAUGAUGUCAGUGGACAGGCGCGGGUUCAGUAUGACCUCUGGGUGGGUCCGGGGGAGGGGUCAUUCUAUGCUGAGCUCCUCCCCUUCAGAAUGGCCGCUAGGAGACCGCUGUUUUCAUGUUAUCACCAACUGCACUUUUUUAUAUUUUAUUCUGUGAUGGCAGGAAGAUGGCGGCUCACAUUGUGCAAUAGAAGGGCAAGUGUGCAAUAUUGUUCUGGGGCAAAUCAGAGGUCCUCCUUUUUACAGGGGUCCUAUAUACAGGGGCCCCAUAUACAGGGGUCCUAUAUACAGGGGCCCUAUGUAUAUAUACAGGGGUC